AUGGGCUCGCACACAGGAACGAUUGUGAAGGCCCCGCCCCACCCAGGCCCCACCCCACUGCCACCUGGACUGAGAAGCAGAUCAAAGAAUGAACAGCAGCUGCACGUGGGCUCGGGACCCGCUGGCGGCCGCCGGAAGGCACAAGCCAAUCGCAAGGCCGCUUGCCCACACACGUCCCGGAUGCGCGGAUUCGAUCCUACUGCCCAAUCGCGUCCUUGUGAGCGGAAACUAGAGAUUUUCUGCCCCGAGAUUGGCGGUUGUGGCCCGCCCUUCCAAGAGGUUCCGCCAAUCACAAACCUGGCAGUGCCCCACCUUUUCCGCUCUCGGCGGGCCCGGAACCGGAACCGGAAAUACCGUCCCUGGAGCCUGCGGCGGGGUCUGUCUCCUGGCCUCUCACCUCCCCUGAGGGCAGUUUGCGCCGCUCUCCAAGGCGGGGUCGGCCCCGCCUCUCCGUCGCGGCCGGGGCUCGGCUUCCCAGAUACCACGGUACAAAGAGGCCUUGAGACCGAGGGGCCAUGGGAGAAUGGAAUGAAGAGGGACGUGCUGGCAUCGCCGCUGCUCAACCUAGCAAGCAGAGUCUGCCGACAGGCCCACACAAUGGCAGCCACUGAUGUGGACUCCACACAGGUGGGGGUGAUCCCUGGCAGAGCUGGACCAUAUGGGAUGUUUCAGGUCUCAGUGGCCUUUGAGGAUGUGGCUGUGGACUUUACCCCAGAGGAAUGGAUGCUGCUGGACCCUUCGCAGAGGACCCUCUACCGGGAAGUGAUGAUGGAGACCUACAGGAACCUGGCGUCGCUUGAGAAGGGUCCAAUUGGCGACCUCAGUGAGGAUGUUUGUUUUGUGUUUUGCUUUAGCACCUUCUCCAUGUACUAUUCACUUGUCGGCAUCAGUCCAGCCCUGGAUCUGUGGUGUCCAAAGGACGCACUCCACUCCCGGCUCUUCCUUCUUGAUCAGUCCACCACCACUAACAUGAACCCACUGCCCCAUCAAAGCUGUGCUUUUCUACUCCGUCUGGAGUCCAAGACAAGACAUUCAGAGAGCUGGCUGACCAUAGCUCUUAGCAGGUGCUUCAUCCUUGAGCAAGUCAGACCACAUUCUGAGCUGCUGCACGAAUGA